UUUUCUCCUCUCUCUCUCUCUCCUCCUCCUCCUCUCUUUCUCUCUCUUUUCUCUCUCUCCUCCCUCCCUCUCAUGGCCGGGGCCAGCCCGACGACAUCAUCCACCAACCUCCACGGCCCCACAAGGCGGCGCUUACAAGACCUCGACCCUGAGAAAAACCAACAAACAGAAGAGGAAGAGGUUUAUCAAGCGGAUGAUGAUGAUGACGAUGUCGAGAGCCACGAGUACCAGCCAAUUCGAGGGUCCCUUAGAGUUCUGAGAGCAUUGUUUUGUAGGAAGAAUGCGGGUACGAAUAGCAAAGGUUCGAAAAUAUCGAAGGGGAUGUGGUGGAGAGGAGUUAUGCUGUCGUUUUUCUUCGUGAUGGCGGUCGUGGGAGUUUUGAAGAUUUCCCAGAUUGGAGGGAGUAUCGGAGAGAGGGCCAGUUUUUUGCAGCAAAUGAGGAGCCAUGAUGAUGUGUUGAGAUUGAAGGAAGAGGACGAGGUCAAUUUGACGAGUCUGAGGAUGAGCAUUCGGAAAAAGUCUCAGAAAAUGAUUCCUGAAAUCUGGAGGCGACCAAAUAGUGGAGGCUUUCAUCAGUGCAUCGCGAGGCCAAAAGAUAAACUAAGGAUUCCUGGCUCAAGAACGAACGGCUAUCUCGUGGUCCAAGCCAAUGGUGGUCUGAAUCAGAUGAGAACAGGAGUACACAUCAUUCCAAUAUGUGACAUGGUGGCUGCUGCAAAGCUGAUGAACGCAACGUUAGUUCUUCCUAAUCUCGACCAUUCUUCCUUUUGGACAGAUCGAAGUAACUUCAAAGAUAUAUUUGACUGGAGAAACUUUAUAGAUGUGUUAAAAGAGGACAUUGAGAUAGUAGAGUCUCUACCAGCCAAGUAUAGGAAAGUGAAGCCCUUUGUAAGGGCUCCUAUUUCCUGGUCUAAGACUUUUUACUACAAAGGUUUUGAGAAAAUUCUGCAGAAAUAUAAAGUGGUGAAAUUUACUCAUACUGACUCCAGAAUUGCAAACAAUGGCCUUGCACCCUCACUUCAGAAGCUCAGGUGUCGUGCAAACUACAGGGCCCUUCGGUAUACACCACAAAUCGAAGAACUGGGAGAGACCCUUGUCAGGAGACUCAGAAAUGGAAGUAACUAUUACAUCGCCCUCCAUUUGAGGUACGAAAAAGACAUGCUCGCUUUUACCGGUUGUAGCCACAACUUGACAUCACAGGAAGCAAAAGCGCUCGAGGACAUGAGGCACCAUGUCAAGCACUGGAAGGAGAAGGAAAUCAAUAGCACAGAGAGACGGAUAUUAGGAGGUUGUCCCAUGACGCCGCGAGAGGCUGCUGUUUUCCUAAAGGCUAUGGGGUAUCCAUCUACAGCAAACAUUUACAUCGCUGCAGGAAAAAUUUAUGGUUCUCACAGCAUGAAUGGUUUAAAGGAAGAAUACCCGAACAUCCAUACGCACCAUAGUCUGGCAACGGAGGCGGAGUUAGCUCCUUUAAAAAUGUACCAAAAUCGGCUUGCGGCAGUGGAUUAUAUUGUAGCACUCAAUGGCGAUGUCUUCAUGUAUACGUAUGAUGGGAAUAUGGCCAAGGCGGUGCAGGGUCACCGGAGGUUUGAAGGAUUUCGUAAGACCAUCAAUCCUGAUAGGGAAACAUUUGUCAAACUAAUAGAUCGACUAGAUGCGGGUAUCAUAACUUGGGAAAUUUUUGAAAACGAGGUGAAGAAGCAUCAUGCUAAUAGGCUUGGAGGUCCCUACGAAAGGAAACUCGGAGAAAGCCCGAGGCUAGAAGAGAACUUCUACGCAAAUCCUCUUCCAGGAUGCUUGUGCAAAUCGUGAAGAAUUUUAAAGAAGCUUUUACGAAAAAAGCAUGGAUACUUUUUUACGACGGCCAAGCUUUAUAGGAUUGCAGGGGUAUCCUCUCCCUAAAGAUCAUGCAACCCCCUUGCAAGAGAAAAAUGUGAACAAUCUUUAAACAACUCAGAUGCUUGGCAACUCCAAUCGUGCAGUUUCACCUACAUGAAGUCGGAUCCACAAUAGAGUUUUACAUUAUAGAAGAUCGAUCAUUUGUAGAUAAUUUUUUUUUUUAACCUUACAAAGAGGAGAAUACUACAAAAUAGAGAAGGUGAAUGUACGCCAAAGAGUGAUCCUUCACUGAAAAUAGUUCAGGGUUUUGAUUCAAAUUUUUUGAUUUGAACUCCGGUUGAUUUUGACAACGAGAUUUCUUUUUUGCUUUAGGGAAAAGGGUUAUCUAAACUUCGAACGGUGUAUAGAUCUUCUUUGUGGGACUUUCUACACGAAAGAUUUCCGUGAUUGCAAUUGUAAAAUCAUUUGAUAUGGUAGACAUAUGAUA